AUGGCCCCCAGAGACACCACCCUCUUCUGCCUCGUGCUCUGUCUUGGCCAGAAGAUUCAGGCACAAGAUGGCUUGUAUGACAAACCCUCCCUCUCCACUGAUGGGUGCCUUGUGGUGAUGCCAGGAGAGAGUGUUUCCCUCCGGUGCAGUUCAGCACACAUCUCAUUCAAUAGAUUUUCACUGAGCAAGGAGGGAAGGGCCGUUCUGUCACAGCACCAAAAUGGGGGACGCUGGGGUGACUUCAUUCUGGGUCCUGUGAACCUCAGCUUCUCAGGGAUCUACACAUGCUACAGUUGGUACAGUGGCAGCCCUUAUGUAUGGUCAGCCCCCAGUGAUGCCCUGGAGCUUGUGGUCACAGAUACCACAAACCAAGAUUACACGACGGAGAACUUGAUUCGAAUGGGCAUGGCAGGGCUGCCCCUGUUGGCUCUCUUGGCCAUUCUGGCUGAAAAUUGGCUUGGCCAUCAGGUUCCACACGAGGAAGACCAGCAAGAUUUGCGUGAACUGAGCUGCAGUAGACAGAAAACUCAGACAGAAUGGACCUUUGGACUAACUCCAAAGGGUCACCAGGUAGACACCAGGCACUGA